GACCCUUUUAUCGUGUGCAGUGACUGUACUUCUACUUUUCAUACCGGAAAAUGUUCGGGAAUUUCUGUGACAACGCUCAAGACAAAGGGGGAGGCGUAUCGCCAAGCUUGGCGCUGUACGUCUUGUCGGAGACAGAAAAUUCGAGCGCAACCACCGAGUGGAAAUGAUGAAUCUGACCAGCAAGACAUUCGCCUAAUGUUAAAGAACAUAAGUUCUAAGCUUGACCAGCUGUUGCCACUGAAGGAAGUAGUAGAGGGCAUAGAGGAUUCCUUACAAUUCUGGUCGGAGCAGUAUGAUGAACUGCGGCAAACUACCGAGAAACAUGAACAGGAAAUUAAAGAACUCAGACGCCGCACCGAAAUACUCGAGAAAAACGAAAACGAUGUUAAUCAGCUCCAAGCUGAAAUCGACGCUCUCGAAUGGAAAAGCCGCCGCCUUAACCUCGAAUUUCAUGGCAUUAAACAGACAGAAAAAGAAAAUUUGAUUGAAAAGCUAAACGAACUUGCCACGCAGCUUGAGCUUCCACAGCUAUCGGCUAACGACGUGGUCGCGGUUCACCGCCUACCGUCUAAGAAAGAUAAAAUACCCGGCAUUAUCUGUCGCUUUGUCAAGCGGACUGAUAGGGAUCGGUGGUGGUUGAACCGAAAGAAACUGCGUGACAGGAAUGAUGUGGUCUUUAUGAAGGAAAAUGUGACAAAACGAACACGUGCUCUUCUGUUUGAAACAAAAAACUGGGCCAAAAGGGCAAUGUACAAGUAUGUGUGGCACAACAACGGUCGGGUACUUGUUCGCAAAGCGGACGGUGAACAAGCAGUAGUGAUUUCCACCGCAGAUGAUCUAGAUAAACUAGGUUAAGAGCCGUGUGGUUUGCUAAACCAAUGGCAGACACAAGCGUUGACACCUAUGUGUUGCCCCAAGUAUGUGAGCAACACAUCGGGAAACCGUUCCUCAAAUCAUUUAAAUGCUUUCACCUAAAUAUUCGUUCUGUUAUAAAUAAGAAGUCCGAUCUUUGUUUGUUCCUUGAACAACUCCGUUUUUCAUUUGAUGCAAUAUUAUUAACAGAAACCUGGUGUACGAAUGAUCUUGAUGUUUUACGCCUUCCAUCCCACAAUACAUUUUAUUUAAAUCGUGCCUAUGCACGCGGUGGCGGUGUGUGCAUCUUGAUUAAGGAAGCAUUUACUUGUGAAUUAUUAUCCGAACUUUCUGUCAGCACACAUGACUGUGAAAUGCUGUCAAUUAAAGUGCAAAACAUGGUAUUAACUGUGUGCUACCGUCCUCCCAGUGGUGCUGUGUCUCCAUUUUUCAGUUACCUUGAAUCAAUUGCAGAGUUCGUUAACGAAAAUCACUUCGAUGUUGUGUUCGGUGGUGACAUUAAUAUUAAUAUGAUGAAGAAUGACUCUCUCAAGGAAAAGCUUGAUUUUUUACUUAUGGUAAAUGGCCUAGUUAAUGUAAUUAAUUUACCCACUAGAAUAACUCAGCAUUCCUCAUCUUUAAUCGAUAUUUUUUUCACAAAUAUAAAUUAUGCAGAUGUUAAAGCAGGUGUUUUUGCGUAUGAUAUCAGUGAUCACCUACCUAUAUUUCUUUGUUGCAACAUACAUAUACGUAGUAAGAGGCCCAAAUUAACACAUUUUGUCCAGAGAAUUACAGA